ACAUCACAUUGGUGGAUGUACUUUUGAAGGUCAUCUUUCAACGCUGGCCAAUAACAACACUGCAGAAUACGAAAGAGGCAUUUUUCUAAACCAAGGUGGCCCGCUGAAGUCUGGAUUACACCCGAGACGAGCUGCACAGGCUGAUUUUGAGCGACUGGUUCAACUAAGGCUACUGGUGACAAGUGUUCCUGACUAGGGAUUUUUACAGACACCCACAUGCUGCUAUGUGCCGUUGAGUUGCUUGAUGGCUGCUGCUGGGCCUUUUUUGGUGCCAUCAACGAAGACCCUACUGGGUUGACGGCCUGCCGUUUUCCGGUAAACCUACGACAGUCGGCUGUGUGUACGGUGCCUGGUGAGGUGCUGGAUACCCCAUCCUCUGUGGUGCCUGAUAACCCAUUGAACGCUGGCUGUUGUAGACUGGUCGCUGACGCGUGGGGCAGUCUCGAAUCAUAUGUUGUGGCGACUGACAGUUAUAGCACAGUCUGGGACCAGACCUUGCAUUACUGUAUGGAGGCUUGUUGUUUGUGGAUUGACCCAUCAUCAGCUUCCGCACACAUUCUUGUAGGUCUUGUACCGCCUUCUCGAGUGGCUGACUCGACUUGUCGACUUUCGCUUGCUGUUCCGGCACAUUUUCCACCAUAUAAAUGGAUGCUUUACGUCUAGCACCGCCGUCCACGAUGCUCUCGUACAUCUCCACUAGAGCAACCGCCUGCGUAACAGACUGGCAACCCUCGCUGAUACACUUGAACUUAAGUUCUGGGCUGAUUGAUUUGUACAACUGGUUUAGCGCAAGCAUCUCAUGCGCCUGAUGAUCGAGGCCUGGGUAUGCACGCUGAGUCAUGCAUUUAAGGUCAUCAGCCAGGUUAGCUACAGAUUCUUCAGGAGAUCUCUUACGGGACUCCAAGCGAGACAUCCACAUUGGUUGUUGACGUGCUCGACCAAACCUUUGGCCCAGCUUAUGUGUAAGCCCCAGGUAUGAGCCACGCUCUUCCUUGCUGA